CUCAGAAGUGUCACUGUCUGACCUGCGGGUUCAGAGAGGAGCUACUGUUUGGAGAGGACACGCUGAUAAGAUCCACGCACGAUCCUCCACCGACACUUUAACUGAAUGGUGACCCAACAGAGAUGGCUGGUACAGGAAUGUGUUGUGCCAGCCUGGAGGAGCCUCAGACCCUGAUGAAGAUGGGUCUGAGCAUGGUCCUCAUCGGUCACAUUAACUUCCUGUUGGGAGCGCUGGUGCACGGCGUGGUUCUCCGACACAUCAACUUCCACAAGCAGACGCGCGCCAUGGAGUACGCCAUCUCCAACGUGGUGGCCCUCACGUCCGGACUCGUGGGAAUCGUCGUCGGCAUUCUGGCUAUUUUCCUGUCUAAAAACAAGAAGAGCAAAGGCCUGACGUGGUCACUUCUCACCGUCGGAGUAGUUGCUUCUCUAACGGCGGCGGCCUCGGCCAUUGGUCUGUUGGUCUCCACGGUGAGGGCCAUCCUUCACGAUGGGCGGAGCCUCCUGACUUACUGCCGAUUCCCCGACGCUAUUGGCUACUCCAGCAUCACCAACGAGUGUCCUUUUGACCCCACGCGCAUCUACAGCACCACUCUGAUCCUCUGGGUGCCUCUCAUCGUGACUUGUGUGAUCCAGACGGUGUUUUCGGCCCGCUGCUCUGCUGUCUGCGUCUCAUUCCUGGGUUUGCCUUGCUGCCCGAGCAGGAAGAGGAAGAGGGACUUUGGCAGAUCGAUAAAUGUGGUGAGGCCAAUUGAGGAAGCUGCUCCCCCUCGGUACGCUGAAGCUCUAAGGAGCUACUCUGAACCUCCGAGAAGCUACACUGAACCUCCGAGAAGCUACACUGAACCUCCGAGAAGCUACACUGAACCUCCGAGAAGCUACACUGAACCUCCGAGAAGCUAUGAUGAACCUCCAAGGAGUUACGCUGAAUCUCUGAGAAGUUGCGCUGAAUCCUCAAGGAGCUGCCCUGAACCUCAGAGACAGCAGCUCAGACCUCCUCCUCUUCCUCAUCAUCUUCCCAAACAUCAUCAGAGUCUUCCUCCCUCAGAGAGACGUCCUCUUCGCUCGCAGCACAAGAAAAGGUCCGACAGAGAGAGGCAGGAAACCAGAGCUGGCAGCGAGCAAGACCCACCGGAGCAGCACCAACUUCUGGAGAGAGGAGCCAUGGAGAGGUCCAGCUUCUGGAUUUAGACCAUUUGAACAUACUUACAGACCAAAUGCAUCAAACUCGGCUCCCAUUGUCCGUCAGAACUUCAAGACUGAACUCAAAGCUGGAGAUGUUUUAUUUAGCAGUGUGGAUGUUUGGCAUAUCUGAAGCUCAGGCUAAGUGUCCCGGUUUUGUAAAUAUAACUGUUCUAGUAUUUCAUGAGUGUCAAUCUAUUCAUAUCGGGACAGACAGAGGAGGAAAAUCCUUCAAAGUGAGGACACGGUGCCUGUAGAAGGAUUCACUCGGAGUUUGACAGCUACACACACCUCUCCAGCUCAGAAAUUACCAACACGUUUUCCAUUUGAUGAAUUUGUUUUUGCACAGACGAUUGGUAUCGAUCCUCUUCUGGUAUCUAACCCUCUGGAAGUAAUCGUUAAAGUAAAUUUGCACAUAUUAAUGGAGGCAGGUACAGUAGAAUAGGAAACUGAAGUGUACAAAGUGCCUUCAUGAUUUGAUUUUAUUAAGGAUGGAAAUGCCUGUUUGAGUUCAUGAGAGUGUUUGCGUUUGUAUUUUUCUGAUGUUGGGUCAAGAGAUACCACUAAUGCACGUUUUUAUAUUUAUUCUAGUCGACAAGUAAAUAAAGUUUUUAUUCAUAAUUCUG